GAGAGAGAGAGAGAGAGAGAGAGAGAGAGAGAGAGAGAGAGAGAGAGAGAGAGAGAGAGAGAGAGAGAGAGAGAGAGAGAGGAGAGAGAGAGAGAGAGAGAGAGAGAGAGAGAGAGAGAGAGAGAGAGAGAGAGAGAGAGAGAGAGAGAGAGAGAGAGAGAGAGAGAGAGAGAGAGAGACAAGGAAAUAAAGAGAGAUGGAGAGAUACAGAGAGAGAGGAGAGGGAGGAAAGAGAGAGAGGAGAGGGAGAGGGAGAGAGAGAGAGAGAGAGAGAGAGAGAGAGAGAGAGAGAGAGAGAGAGAGAGAGAGAGAGAGAGAGAGAAGAGAGAGAGAGAGAGAGAGAGAGAGAGAGAGAGAGAGAGAAAAGCACUCUCCUGUCUGUGGGUAUUACGGUUAUUUCUGCCAAUGAAAGUGCAGAUACUUCCCCUAUCCAAACUGCUAGGUCAUGAGAAGAUACUGGUCAAGAUGCGGGCAACUUCCAAAGAUGAAGUGGCCAAAGCUGGUGAAGUUUUCCUGACAAAUCUCACACCUUGCAUGAAUAUCACUUAUUGCACACUGAGGUUGAGGAGAUAUCACUUUGCUUGUACGCUUGUAUUAGAUGUGGAAUUCGUGCUUGCAUCUCUGAGGAUAUAA